UUAUCAUGCGCACAGGAUAACGUUGUCAAGGUAAAGGACGUGCUGUUGCUAAACGAACGCGUCUUCUCGAUGAUAGACGUAUGGCCCUUGAAAAAGAGUCAGAAAAGAUUCCUUAUGUACGCGUCUUAUCUCACCAUCCAUAUGGUGAUAAUGUACAUGAAUUUGUUCGACGAGUUUGGCAAUCUGGAGGCGAUGGUGGAUAACAUAAUCGACAGCACAAUUGCCACUGCCACGUACGUCAUAUUGUUCAUAAUCCGGUUCAGCAAGCAGAUGAAACGAGCGAUAGUUACUGUGAAACAGGAAAUAGCCGAGAGCGAAUUUAACGACGAGGAAGAACAGCGGCUGUAUUUCAAAUAUCACAGGAUCUCGGAUCGAUUCGGCAGGUAUGCGGUUUCGACGACCGCGACGAUAGCCGUCCUGUGGUACUUGAAACCUGGCCUGCAGUUAUUGAAACCAAGUUCCGGUAUUUAUUAGAAAAUAAAUACAUCGUACAAUAAUGAAAUACAUUGCAGUAGUUUAUAAUUAAUGGCAUACAUAAAGUGUGGGUA